AGUUUUAACUCGUCGGGUUGAACACGUCGGGUCGGGUUAUAGUGUUUUUUGACCCGUGGGUUAACGGGUCAGACUCUUGACCCGACCCGAUCCGUCCAAUUGCGACCCCUAAUCCAAGUCUUUAUUAAACGGCUUAUGACAUAAAGUUGCUUCUAAAAACAGGCACCAUCAAUACACAAGCAGAGCGACGUCAAUUUGGAACACGUGACGUUAAUUUUGCUGCCAGGCGACAUUGACCUGCGACAUUGGGUGCGACAAUACUUUUUGGAAACCCUGAGGUAAAGUGAAAAUAAUCUUUUUGAAACAAAGAGGUUCCCUUUUUUUACCUUUUUUUUUCUUUUUGGGUGAUUCGAUGGAAUUCUUUUGGGUUCUGCGACGUUGGUUUAUUACCUUUUUACUACGGGUAGCAUUUAGCUGGGGCAAUCGUAACCAUUCUGCUCGAAUCAUUCAAUUUCUUGGCUUCCUACUGCCAUUUAAUCGUCGAUGGGUACGCGAAGACACUGACCACGGAACUUGGAUCGCCGAAGAUAUUGCUGGAAGUAAAAAAGAAGCCAUUUCUGAUCGUCUUGAAGAAAGCAAUGUGGUAAUCAUGUGGGUUUCAGGUGGAGGUUUUCGAUUUGAUAUGACGCUAUUGUACAUCCGCGUAUGGAUUACCUGGAUCCGUGCGCUGGAAGCAGACAAGAAUAUGAGAUGCGUUAUUUUCGUACCCAAAUACAAAACGGGACAUCCAUUUCCUGCAGCAGUAAAUGGUGUAAAAGCAGCUUAUGACUGGCUCGUUAAUACCAUGCAUAUACCUACAUCGAAACUUAUCAUUGGUGGCGAUGAUGCAGGUGCUGCCGUUGCGCUCGACUUGAUGCAUUUGCACAAACCUAAAUUUGCAGGUGCGAUCUUUGCAUCGCCUUAUACCGGAUUGGAAGCUGGAGGCGAGUCAUGGCGCGCCAACAUGGACAUUGAUUUCAUGACUGCCGCGGCUGUGGAUCGUAUGGAAGAAAGUUAUAUCCCUGAGGAAGGAGACCAACCAUUCCGCUAUUUGCCUGAUCAAGUCGAUUUGGCAACUAGUUUACCACGGCACAUGUUAAUCACUGUAGGCGGGAAUGAGGUAUUACUCGACGAAGCAGGCUAUCUGGCAUCGCGUGCACGUGCUGGCGGCGUUGCUGUCACGUUGUGCCAGGCUCCAGAUCAGACACAUCUUUGGUCAAUGUUGCCAGAUGUUCUUGUACAGGACGUGAAUGUACGACAAAACGCAGUGGAUCAUUUCGUUCGCUUUGUUGAACUAUGUGUUCGACCCGGCAAACACUAAACAAAAAAAAAGACAGACAAGGCGCAUUACUAUAUCAUAUCAGAUCAUCUCCAUCUAAACUAAACAAUAAUCAAGUCAUUCUUUGCUCCAUAUCAUCAAUUCUGUAAUAAUAAAAGAAAAACCAUAAUUCUCGUCGGCACUUGGAUGUGGC